UGCUGGACCCUGAGCAGGUCCCUUGGUGAACAUCCUCUACUGCGUCCUGGACUACUCCUGAACUUCAUCUACGACCUCUUGGUGGACGUGCUCUACUUCUUGGUGAACAUCCUCUACGACCUCUCCAUCUUGCGUCCUUUGGACUGGCGCGACAUCUACUACGCCCUCUUGAAUGACAAGACCGACGACUAUGGCUUCAAUGCAUCAAUCCCGGUCUGGGAUGGCCGAGCUGACUCUCUUCGGGAGUUCAAGAAGACGGUCAAAUGGUGGCUCCAUAGCGUGAACCUUGAGAAGACGACUGGCUACAACCUGGCUGCAAGGUUUGCGAUGAAGCAGACUGGAUCAGCAAAGAUGAGAGCAUUGGAGUUCACGCCGGACGAGCUGGCCUACACCCCUGCCGAGGAGUACACCGACCCUGACUCUGGUGAGACCAUCGUGGUGACCCCAGCUGACUAUGCAGCUGGCAUCAACAAGAUCCUGGCAGCAUGGGAUGAGAUGAUUGGUCGUACUGUCAACGACCGCAAAGGAGAACUCCGUGAGAAGUUCUACUUGGCUACACGCCGAGGACAGCAGGAGUCAGUGGUUGCCUUUUCUUUGAGGUACCGGACCUUGGUGGGCGAGAUGAGAGCUGAAGGCAUCACCAUAGACGAUGCCGAGACAGCCUGGUUCUACAAGCAGAAGUUGGCCCUGAACGAGAUGCAGAAGCAGAUGUUGGAGACCACUUUGGGGACUUCAACAGAGGUCUACGCUGACUGUGAGCGUGAGGCCGUGCGCUUGUUCAAGCGCAUGCACUUUGGUGCAACUGGAGAUGGAGGACAACAUCAUCCUGGACAUCGUCGCCCUGGACUGACUUCAAGUGCGUUGUCGAAGUUUAGACGAAGCCUUCCAUCGUCUUCGAGCUCAACGGCAAGUUCAUGGACAAGGAGAUCAACGAGUUCAAAGGGAGCUCACUCAGCUUAUGUGGCUGAUGCUGAGCCCACCGCUGAGGAGGACGAGAAUUGGCAGGAGGACAAUCAGACCAACGAGGAGCACGAGACCUACGAGACCGAGCAGACUGAAGAAGGAGAUGGACUAGAAGCUCUCCAAGAAGCUGUCGAAGUGAUGGCAGCUGAGUUGGAAGAAGCCGCUGAAGCCGGCUGUGAUGAGGAGGAGCUUGCAGGUCUGGAAGACCAGAUCGAAGGAGCUGUGGAGGCCCUAGUAACCUUGAAGGAGGCCCGAUCGCAGAUAGCAGCUGUGAAAAAAGACCGUGGUUUCAAUGGGCCGUCUAGUGGGGCCAAAGGAGGAAAGAAGGGCAAAAGCAGUGGUUGUUUCGAUUGCGGAGCACAGGACCACUGGAAGGGCGACCCAAAAUGCCCUGGUCCUUCAAAGUCGAAAGGCAAAGGUGGCCCAAUGAAAGGUAAGCCUGGAAAAGGCAAGUUUCAGAAUAAGAUCAACUCUCUGAAGAGCGCUUUGUCUAGAGCCCGAGACACCAAUGUCACGGAGACCAACAUGGCGGAAGUCAAUGUGGUUGAUUUACUUCCACCACAUCCUCCGGUGAAGUUCAACUCUGUGUCUUUUGGCAACAAUGAGGUGCACGAGAUCAACAUGGUUUCUGCUGGCAGCAUCUCUGAAGCUUUGGCGGCUAGCACGACCAAGCCGCUGGACAUCCUUUCUGCCGACAAGUUGUACCAGGCAGCACUGGAUUCAGCAUGCAACCGUUCAUGUGAGAUGCAGCCCGCCUCUCAAGAUCCUUCGCCGCAGUGUGGGCAGCGAUGGCGUCGAAUGGUAGUGAGACUGCUGACACGGCAGAUCUGGCACUACCUGGGGCUGAAGCUAUGGCUGGUGCAGCGACCGUUUUUGCGGUACGCUCCAACUCCGUUGCCGAUGGUGGCAACAGCAGCAGACUGGCUGCAGCAGGCCAAAGACAUGGUGAAGAGGCGAGUGUGGCCGAAGUCAUGGCUGCAGAAGGCCAUGGAUCGUGGGCACUUCACGGUGAUCGCGCUGAAGGAGGCCAUCUCUCUGAGGCAGAAAAUGGGUCUUCGGAUGAGCUUCAUGGAGGACCCCGUGCUGAGCUUUGGCAUCAAGAGCCUCAAGAAGAAGCCCAAGGCCGUCCUACAAGGAGCACUGGUCGCCGAGACCCAACGCCUGCUCCAGGCGACAGAGGCCGAUCGAGAACUUCGUCUUCGCGCUCUCCUUGGACCCCGAGGAGGUCUGCCCCGGCUGAAGUCCGAGCUCGUGGAGCUGGCAGUGCUGUUCCGGCUGGAGGUGAAGGAGGACGACCGCAUCGAGGACCUGAAGUCCAAGAUCGAGCCCAUGGUGAAGUUGCUGAAGACAGGCCACACGGUCGACUAUGGGAAGCUCAACAAGAUCCCAGGUCGCCAAGAAGCCGCAGCACCCGCCGCGGCAGAAGCCUCAGCCUCGGCAGCACCGUUCGGGAUGGAACGGGAUCAGAACGGAUGUGAUGUCGAUCUCGAGCAUGCCAUCCACGCCGCGAGGAGCAGAGUCCUCUCCGGUGGUGGUUGGAGACAGCUAGACCUGAACAAGGAGCGGGAGGUCGAUAUGGCUGGCGCCGACACUCCCCGGAAGCAAGCUGGCUAUGUGGAUCGCGAGAGCUCUGCCGAGGUGGCCAAGAACAUUGGUGGGAUUGCUCGCUCUAUGUUCUCCAAGUUGAAGUCUGGAGUUGUUCAGAUGGUCAACCAGGCCGCCCUGAAGGCAAAGCGUUUGGUGGAAAAGUUCCAAAUGAACAACGAUGAGAUCAAGGAGAUUUUGGAGACUGAGUACAUGGACUCAAUGGCUGAGAUUGCAGAUGGCAAUGUGGAGCCCCUGGCAAUGGUGGUCGAGCUCCCUGAGAGUCCUUCCUUAGACGUUCAUCGUCGCAACCUCAAGGAGGGCAACAAGAAGAGGCCUCGACCGCGGCAUCCAGACUAUCCCAGAAGAGAGACGGCUGAUCAAUGGCGUUUGGGCCAUUGGGGAAGUUGGAUUUGCCGGGAUCACUUCACACCCCGGAAUCAAUUCAUGAAGCCUACAACAGUUUCAGUUCCUCGAUUCUUCCCGACAGAGGCCUUCACUGGUCGACGUUUGGUGGAGAUCUAUGCCCCGGACACCAACAGGGUGGUGGAUCGAGUUUGGGAUGAAGAUUUCAAUCAUCCUGCUUGUCCUUACUACUCAAGGGUUUGGACUGGCCGCACAUGGUUUCAAAUCCGACGAGAGUGGAUCGACAAGUACUACCCGGAGGUGAUUCCUGAGGGGAACUCCUACUUUGAGGAGCUGGACUGGGUGAUUGACAAUCCAGCUGCUGAAGGCUUGCACGAGCUGGAGAAUGGCAAUUCAGUUUUUGUGGCAACACAGCCCAAGUCAUAUCGUUUUCCAAUGCCACAGUCUCACGACACCAAGAUUUCCACCUACGGCUUCUAUGUGCGACACGCACGCUGGGAGGUCUUGGAGAACAAGCGCCCUUGGAGAAGCCGAGGUGUUCAUGAGUUUCACCAUCAGCAUUUUGCUGAAACACCAGAUGUCUACGUGGUGGUCUAUCACAACAACGAGUUGGACUACUUGGAACCACCACUGGUGACGGAGGUCUACACCACGACCGAGCCCAUUGCUCAUGAAGCCAUUCGUCGAGGACAUGCCGUUGGACAGUCCCUGACGUUGGACACUGGCUAUGACUUCUAUCGGGAGUCCCAUCGACGAGAAGCAGAUCGUCGACUGCAACAUCAGAAGCCCUUUUGCCUGAUGCUGGCAUUUCCAUGUGGUUGGUGGUCGCCCCUGAUGGAUUUGAUCACUCAUCAAGACCGACGCAAGCUGCUGAAGGUCAAGAGACGCAGAGCCAAGGAGAAGCACCUGGUGGACUACUGCGUGAAGAAGGCCAAGGAGCAGUUGCGAGAAGGGCGGCACUUCAUCAUUGAGAACCCCAGCAAAAGCAGGUCUUGGAAGGAAGUUCACUCCCUUCGGAAGCUGACCGAGAUGGCAGAAGAGCUUGGGUUGCACUGGGUUCAGAUGGAUCAGUGCAUGACUGGUCUGCGGGGUCCUGGUGGCGGCUUGAUACGGAAGAGGACAUGGUUUCUCACGUCAUCUGAGGAGGUGGCUGAGGAGCUCAAGCUUUUUCAAUGUUCUGGAGAUCAUGAACAUGAGUGGUGCAUCGGUGGCAAGAAGAUCACAGAGCCUGCUGGGCACUACUCUCCAGCACUUUCUGCUGCCAUUGUCAAUGGACUUGAACGUCAACGCGUGGUGGACUUUGGCAUCAAGCGCAACAUUGUGGAGCGCCUGCAUGAGGCUGAAGUCUUGGCAGCAGAAGCGGCUGAGAAUGAUGAUGAAGAUGGUGAGAUGUUGGAAGAACCACUUCAACCUGGACAAGGUGAUGGUCCUGGACUUCUUGUCACCGCAGAGGAGCUACGAGCAGCCCUACAUUUGCACAAGGUGACCGGCCAUCGAAAUCCCUUGCGCCUGGCAAGAGCGCUUGUGAUAAGUGGAGCAUCACCGAGCAUGGUGAAGGCGGCAAAAAUGAUCAAGUGUGAGCUUUGUCAAGAGCAUGCCAACGUCAAAACGAGGCGUCCUGCAAAUCUUCCUCGACCUCGACACUUUGGUGACAGACUCUUUGUGGAUCUUUUCGCUGUGCGUGACCUCUAUGAUCAGACGCACUGGGUGGCUCAUGCAGUGGAUGCAGCAACAAGGUACCACUGUGCCAAGGUCCUCAACACCAAGUCUAGCGAGGAGGUUGGAAACUUUAUGGUCGAACAGUGGUUCACACCACUUGGUGUGCCGUCAGCUGUGACAUGCGAUAUGGGACCGGAGUUUGUGAGCGACCAGUUCCAGCAGCUGAUGGACCGACACAACGUCCAGCUGUCGCAUGUGGCCGUUGAGGCCCCCUGGCAAAAUGGUCUUGCCGAGAGGGCAGGCGGUACCCUGAAGACCAUCCUACGCACCUGCAUGGCUGAGCACUCAGCCAGCGAACAUCAAGAUGUUCAGUCCUGUGUGGUGGCAGCCUUGGAAGCCAUGAAUGGGGAUCCUUCAGAAACAGGAUUCAGCCCUGCACAGCUGGUGCUUGGGAAGCAGCCUCGUGGUUUUGGACAAGUGAUACCCAAUGAUCUUCAAGCUCGACUUAGUCAGCAUGGCCUGAUUGAGAAUGACCCGAGCUUCACCCAGAUCGUUGCGAUGAAGGAGACGGCUCGUUUGGCACUGGUCAGAUUGACCUACAGCCAAGCUCUUCGUCGAGCUGAGAUGGCUCGCAGUCGAGUGGCUCCAAGCUAUGAGACUUUUUCUGUGGGAGAUGUGGUCUACUUCUACAGAGCUCAGAAGUACUCAAGUACAAAGAGCCAGAGCCGGAAGCGCCUUCAACUGCGCAAGUGGCAUGGGCCGGCAGUUCUUUUGGCCCUUGAGGGGAACGAGAACAUCCCGGUGAAUGCCUAUGUUGGGUAUCGUGGCAACAUGACAAAGGUCGCCAUGGAGCAUUUGCGCCCAGCUAGCAGCUUGGAGCGCCUGACUUUCACGGACUGGUCUGAGAUCAUGGAUGAGGUGAUUGCCAAAACAACACAACGCCCUGAUGAUCAUCCAGAUGAACUUCAAGCUGAAGAACCAGAGAAAGGUGAACAAGUGCAAGGUGAUCGCCCAGAGGCAUCACAACAAGCUGGAGAAGGCGUUCGUCCUCAGGUUUUUGCCUUCCCAUUUCCAGCACAAGACUACUUCCACCAUCGGUGCCAGCGUCCACAAUGGGUACGCCCCUGCCUUCGCGGCGACAGUCCCAGCGGAUCGAAACUGAUUUGGGUUCCACCGUUGGUCAACAUCGCAGUGAGGAAGAUGCAGCAGCUGAGAAACCCCAAGCCGACGUGCCUCAUCAAGAGGGUGGACAAGUUGCUCAAGUUCCAGAUGCUGAAGUGCCGAGUGGAUCUGGUCAAGUUUCACGACCAUCUGUGCCAGAGGAUGUGGCGCAGGUGGUCACUUCCUUCUCGAGCUGUGGUCGAGACCAUGGAGACAUUGGGCAUGCCGUGGCCGAGUGGUGGACAUCAGCAUGAAGCUUGCACUACUGCAGCGCAUGGCAAGGAGCUCAAGUGGUCCGAGAUGGAAGAGAAGGUGCGAGAUGAGUUUCGUGAAGCAGCAGUUGAUCAAUGGAGCAAGUGGAUGGAGAACAAUGCCAUCCAAGUUUUGUCACUGGGAGAAAGCCGAGCAGUGAUCCAAGAGUUGACACGUCGCAAUGAGCUGCAACGGAUUCUUCGGCCGAGAUUUGUGCUGACGGACAAGAAUUCCAGUCUUCGAACUCCUGAGCGCGAUUUGCCGCUCAAAGCCAACGCACGAUUGGUCGUGCCUGGGUUCAAAGAUUUAGCCAAUCUUCAAGGUGAACUUCGAAAAGACGCUCCAACUGGCAGUCGCCUUGGACAACAUCUACUCUUCAGCAUUGGGGCCUUCUUUCCAAACUGGAGACUACUUGGUGCUGAUGUUCGUGCCGCUUUCCUGAAAGGAGAUCCUUACGUCUCCAGGGAGUUGUACAUUCAGUGCACCAAUCCGAAGAUUGGGCCCACCAUACCGCUACCAGCAGGUUGCCUUGGAAGAGUGGUGAAAGGAGUCUUUGGGUUAGCCGACGCGCCCAGAGAGUGGUACCUUCGACUGUCGAAGGAGGCUGAGCGUCAAGGGUGGCAAAAGUCCUCACUGGAUGCCGCUCUUUGGUUCAAAUGGAGUGAGAAAGAUGGAAAGCUGUGUGGCAUGCUCAUCGCCCAUGUUGAUGACUUGCUGUGCGUGGGAGAUGAGGAGGCAGAGAGCAGUCUGCUAGCUCUUGGUGAUGUGCUGGGUUUUGGAAGCAUUGAAAGAGAUGACUUUCAAUGGUGUGGCAAACGCAUCCGCAAGUGCAAGGACACCGGUGAGAUCAAGAUCAGCAUGGUUCCCUACCACCAGAGUUUGAAGCCUGUGGUUGUGGGACGUGAGCGUCGCAAAGAUCCCUCAGCAUUGCUGACGCCUGGCGAGAUCAAGAAGCUCAAGGGCAUUUUGGGAUCGCUGCAAUGGUUGGUGGCUCAACUACGUUUUGACAUCUCAUUUCAGGUAUCUAGCCUCCAAUCGGAGACACCGACAGUGGGCACUUUGCUACGUGCGAACAAAUGCCUGGUGGAGACCAAGAAGGACUAUGACUAUGAGAUGACCUUCAAGAGUGUUGACUUCGCCCGUGGGGGAAUUUUGGUUGUGGCAGACGCCGCACUGGGCAACGUGGAUAGCAAAGGUGACUCUACUGGACCGCCUGGGACAAAGGUGCACUCACAGAGUUGCUAUGCGGUCUUGCUGGCAGAUGCAGAGAUGAUGAGAGGCAAGCUGGGCACAUUCAACACUUUGGACUUCAGAUCGCACCGCAUUCCCAGGGUGUGCAGAAGUUCUUACGCAGCAGAGACUCUUGGAGUUGAAGAAGGUUUAGACGCAGGUGAGCUUGCACGAGGUUUUCUUGCAGAAGCCUUGGGGGCGGAUGUGACUCGAAAAGACGCCUGGUUUCAGGUGUGCAGAGUUCCUCUCCUGGGUUGCACCGAUGCCAAGGAUUGCUUCGACAGAUUGACACAAGAUACUGGCUUUGGGACCCAGAAGAGCCUGAGCUUUACUUUGGCUUCACUUCGACAGCAACUUCGACGCCCAAACACCUACUUUAGGUGGACAGCAACCAUGAACAACUUCGUCGACGCAGGAACAAAGCUGAUGGACAACUCGACACUUCGUCGUGUUCUUCGUGAGGGAUCCUGGUCGGUGGAGUACAACGCCGAGUUCACAAAGCAAACAUCAAAGGCCUUGAAAGAAGUGACGGACGCAGAGAAUUUGCCUGGACGUGCUAUGGAGCCACGAGAUGAAGCUCUUCUACGACAUAUUCAUGCA